AUGGAUAAUACAAAUAAUAAAAUUCAUUUUAACCAAAGUAAUAUUAAUAACCAAGACAAUAACAAAAAUAAUAAAAUAUAUCCAAAUAAUUUUCCAAAUUCACAUAACCUAAAUCCUCAAAUAUAUAAUAAUAAUAAUAAUAAUAAUAAUAAUAAUAAUAAUAAUAAUAAUAAUAAUAAUAAUAAUAAUAUUAAUAAUAAUAAUAAUAAUUGUAAUAAUAAUAAUAAUAAUUGUAAUAGUAAUAUAAAUAAAAGUGUUAGUUAUAAUGAUUUUUUAUUUAUAAACAAUAAUAUAAAUAAUAAUAAUAAUAAUAAUAAUAAUAAUAACUCAAAUAUACCAAUGGCAAAAAGUUUUGAUAGUUUACAAUUAAUUUCUACACCUUUAAAUUUCCCUCAAAUUGAAUUCCAAAAUCUUAUUCCACCUGCGCUACAACAUCACCAACAUCCACAACAACAACAACAACAACAACAACAACAACAACAACAACAACAACAACAACAACAACAACAACAACAACAACAACAACAACAACAACAACAACAACAACAAAAAAAUGAAAAUGGACAAGAUUUUAAUCUUUAUGGUUCUCAAAAUAGUUUUUCAAACUCUGUUGAAUCUUUAAGUUCAUAUUUAUCCGACAUGUCACCUAAUAGAUCUGAUUCCUCUAAUGUUUCACUCUCUCCUCCCGUUCAUAAUCCAAGUUCACCAAAGAUACCAAUUUCUAAAAAGGUUUCAAAAGUUAAAGCAAAAACUUUAAAGGUUGGUGAAACUGAACUUAAUAAAUUAAAUAAAAAAGAUAACACCAAAAGAAAAAAAACAUCAAAAAAUUAUAAAAAAUUAAGAGAUAUUGGAUUAUCUAUUAUAAAUACAUCAUCAUCAUCAACAAUUGAAACACCAACAAUUAUGAUAACUACACCCGAUACAAAUAACACAAACCCCACAACUACAACUACUACUACUACAACCACAACUACAACAUCAAAUAGUGAUAGCUCAAAUUUUGAAAAUGAUAAUAGUCAAGAUGAAAUUAUUAAAAAAACUCAACCAAUUAAAAAAUUAAAGGUAAAAGAUAAUCUUAAAUUAUCAUUUAUUACGGAUAAAUUUUCAAAUUAUUUAAAAGGGAGGGGAAUUUUUUAUUAUUAUCAAGGUAUGGAACCAUUUGAGUUUGAUAGUCAUGAAUUGGCUAAUCAUCUUGAUGUAAAUGAAGUAAAAAUGUCUUCUGUCUUGGAAAUAUUGAAAAUUCUUGGUCUUGCUGAAAAAGAAAGAGAGAGAGAAAGAAAAGAGAGAGAAAAGGAAUCAAAUAAAGAUGGUGAUUCUGAUAAUGAAAGAAAGAAGCCAUGUCAAAUACCCUCAAUGAACAAAUGGAUUUGGCAUGGCAUAAAUAGUAAUAUGAAUUUAACAUUUCUCCAUAAAAUAUAUCAUUCAAAUAUCAGAGGUUUAUACGCUUGUGAUUGCUGUAAAUCUAAAGAAAUCUCUGAAGAUGAAACAGCAUUGGUUGCAAAGAAAAUGAGUGACUUUUUUGUUCACUUUUUAUUUAGAAACAUUGGUAAUUCUAUAACAAUGAGAGAUCUUAUUACAUAUUUUAAUAAUACAAAACCAAAAGAUAAUAAUUUUUUAAAUGAACAAAGAAAUACAAGUAAAAUCAAAAGAGUUUAUGAUAUUACCAAUGUUCUAAGUCCAUUAGGUCUAAUCCGUAAAACCAAAUGUCCAAGAGAUAGUAGCGAUUCUGAGGAUGGUAAAAAGAUAAAUUCUGUUGAAUACAGAUAUCAAUGGAUUGCCGAAUAUGGUUAUACAUUUGCUAAAAACAAUUGUCCAUAUAUCAAUGGAAAAGUCACCACUUCAAAAACUACAACCACAACAACCACUACCACAACCACUUCAAACAAUAAAAAUAAUAAUAACAAUAACAACAAUAAUAAUAUUAAUAAUAAUAAUAAUAAUAACAAUAAUAUUAAUAAUAAUAAUAACAAUAACAAUAAUAAUAAUAAUAAUAAUAAUAAUAAUAAUAAUAAUAAUAAUAAUAAUAAUAAUAAUAAUAAUAAUAAUAAUAAUAAUAAUAAUAAUAUUAAUAAUAAUAAUAGUAGUAAUAAUUUUGAUAAUGGUAUUGAAAAUUUUUAUUUAAAUAAUAAUAAUAUAUUUGAUACAUUUAAAUUUACAAAAAGUUCUUCAUCAUCAUCUCCAACUUCAUCAACUUCUUCAACACCAAGAUCAAGUAAUUCACAUAUAUCUGCCUCUACUUCACCAACAUCUGUCAAUACUUUAGUGUCUUUGUUUACUCCAACAAUUGAACCAUCUCAAUCAGAAUUAUCUUCAAUAAAUACAUCAAAUUUUAAUACUGGUGUUCCAGAUUUUACCUCAAAUCCAUUAUCAUUCCUCACAACCGACCAAAUAUAUCAACUCCAUGAACAAUUCAUAAACCAUCAACAACAACAACAACAACAACAAAAUCAUCAUCAUCAUCAUCAUCAAUUACAUCAACAACAACAACAACCCCAACAACCUCAACAACAUCAACCUCAACAACAACAACAACAACAACAACAACUACAACAACAACAACAAACUCAACAACCUCAUCAACAACAAUUCCAAAAUCAACAACAUCAUUACCAACAAUCCAACUUAAAAAAUGAUAUUCAUCAAUUCGAUAUGGAUCAAAUUGAACAUGAAAAUAACCAAAACAAUGAAUACACCAACAGAUUUUACUUUUAUUUAAAUUAA